AGGGUGUCCUUGCAGGGUGUCUGAGCUAAACUUCACCAAAUAAUAGCUGUUUGUAUUUUGGCUGCUGCAGGAGCCAUUUUAGAUAAAAAAUAUCUUCCUCCAAUAGUUGAAAAUGAAAAUACAAAAGAAAGAGAAGCAGCUGUCAAACUUAAAAGUUCUGAAUCACUCCCCAAUGUCUGAUGCCUCUGUCAAUUUCGACUUCAAAUCCCCAUCCCCAUUUGACUGCAGCACUGAUCAGGAAGACAAGAUCGAUGGUGUUGCUAGGCAUUGUCUGCCCCAGAAGGACCUGUAUGCAGCUGAAGAGGAAGCAGAUACCCUUUUUCCUAGGAAAAUGACGUCUCAUAAUGGGAUGGAGGACAGUGGAGGAGGGGGAACCGGAGUGAAGAAGAAACGGAAGAAAAAGGAGCCAGGAGAGCAGGCGGGUACUGCAAAAGGAAGCAAGGAUAGGGAGCCCAAGCCAAAGAGGAAGCGAGAACCUAAAGAACCCAAGGAACCCCGGAAGGCCAAGGAGCCCAAGAAAGCCAAGGAGCCCAAGGAGCCGAAGCAGAAGGAUGGAGCCAAGAAGGCUCGGAGGCCCCGGGAGGCCUCGGGCACCAAGGAGGCCAAAGAGAAGAGGAACUGCUCCGACUCCACAGGCAGGACAAAGUCCAAGAAGGCCAGCAAGGAGCAAGGACCAACCCCAGUGGAGAAAAAGAAGAAAGGAAAAAGGAAAAGUGAAACCACAGUGGAGAGUUUAGAGCUGGAUCAGGGCCUGCCGAGCUCGUCCCUGCGGAGUCCUGAGGAGUCCACUGAGUCUGCAGACAGCCAGAAACGACGCUCAGGACGACAAGUGAAGCGCAGAAAAUACAAUGAGGACCUGGACUUCAAAGUGGUGGACGACGACGGAGAGACAAUCGCUGUUCUUGGAGCCGGCCGAACAUCUGCACUCUCAGCGUCUACACUGGCUUGGCAGGCAGAGGAGCCUCCAGAAGAUGAUGCAAACAUCAUUGAGAAGAUUCUGGCAUCUAAGACUGUCCAGGAGGUUCACCCAGGAGAACCCCCGUUCGACUUGGAGCUAUUCUACGUUAAGUAUAGAAAUUUUUCCUACUUACACUGUAAAUGGGCCACAAUGGAAGAGCUCGAAAAGGAUCCUCGCAUUGCGCAGAAGAUCAAGCGAUUUAGGAAUAAACAAGCCCAGAUGAAGCACAUUUUUACUGAGCCUGAUGAAGACUUGUUCAAUCCAGAUUAUGUGGAAGUUGAUCGCAUCUUGGAGGUGGCCCACACCAAGGAUGCAGAAACAGGAGAGGAGGUGACACAUUACCUGGUGAAGUGGUGCUCACUGCCAUACGAAGAAAGCACCUGGGAGCUAGAGGAAGAUGUGGAUCCUGCCAAAGUUAAAGAAUUUGAAUCUCUCCAAGUUCUCCCUGAAAUCAAGCAUGUGGAGCGGCCUGCGUCAGACUCCUGGCAGAAGCUCGAGAAGUCUCGCGAGUAUAAGAACAGUAACCAGCUCCGGGAGUACCAGCUGGAGGGGAUGAACUGGCUUCUUUUUAAUUGGUAUAACAGGAAAAACUGUAUUUUGGCUGAUGAGAUGGGCUUAGGAAAAACCAUCCAGUCCAUCACAUUCCUUUCAGAAAUAUUCCUCAGAGGAAUCCAUGGUCCUUUUCUCAUCAUCGCCCCUCUCUCCACCAUCACUAACUGGGAGCGAGAGUUCCGGACAUGGACAGAGAUGAAUGCCAUUGUCUACCACGGCAGCCAGAUCAGCAGGCAGAUGAUCCAGCAGUAUGAGAUGGUGUACCGAGAUGCACAGGGAAACCCCCUUUCAGGAGUCUUCAAGUUCCACGUCGUCAUCACGACGUUUGAGAUGAUCCUGGCAGACUGCCCAGAGCUGAAGAAGAUUCACUGGAGUUGUGUGAUCAUCGACGAAGCCCACAGACUGAAGAACAGGAACUGCAAACUUCUCGAAGGUCUAAAGCUCAUGGCCCUGGAACAUAAAGUGCUGCUCACUGGAACACCCUUGCAGAACUCUGUGGAGGAACUCUUCAGUUUGCUAAAUUUUCUGGAGCCAUCACAGUUUCCUUCAGAGACUGCUUUCUUGGAGGAGUUCGGAGAUCUGAAAACAGAGGAGCAGGUAAAGAAACUGCAGUCUAUCCUAAAACCAAUGAUGCUUCGGCGGCUGAAGGAUGAUGUGGAAAAAAACCUAGCUCCCAAGCAGGAGACCAUCAUUGAAGUAGAACUGACCAAUAUCCAGAAGAAGUACUACCGGGCCAUCCUGGAGAAGAACUUCUCCUUUCUGACCAAGGGCGCUAAUCAGCACAACAUGCCCAAUCUCAUCAACACCAUGAUGGAGCUGAGAAAGUGCUGUAAUCACCCCUACCUGAUCAACGGGGCAGAGGAAAAAAUUCUGGAAGAUUUCCGAAAAACCCACAGCCCUGACGCCCCUGACUUCCAGCUCCAGGCCAUGAUUCAGGCAGCAGGGAAGCUGGUGCUGAUUGACAAGCUGCUCCCUAAGCUGAUCGCGGGGGGCCACAAAGUGCUCAUUUUCUCCCAGAUGGUGCGCUGCCUCGACAUCCUGGAGGAUUACCUCAUCCAGAGAAGAUACACCUAUGAGCGAAUUGAUGGGCGAGUACGGGGAAACCUGCGCCAGGCAGCCAUCGACCGGUUCUGUAAGCCAGACUCAGACCGCUUUGUCUUUCUUCUGUGCACCAGAGCGGGAGGCCUGGGGAUCAAUCUCACAGCUGCUGAUACCUGCAUCAUAUUUGAUUCUGACUGGAACCCACAAAAUGACUUGCAGGCUCAGGCCCGCUGUCACCGCAUAGGCCAGAGCAAAGCCGUGAAGGUCUAUCGCCUCAUCACCCGGAACUCCUACGAGCGGGAGAUGUUUGACAAAGCCAGCCUAAAGCUGGGCCUGGACAAGGCAGUUCUUCAGGACAUCAACCGAAAGGGCAGCACCAAUGGAGUACAGCAGCUCUCAAAAGUGGAGGUGGAGGACCUACUCCGGAAAGGUGCUUACGGAGCCUUGAUGGACGAGGAAGACGAAGGCUCCAAGUUCUGUGAAGAAGACAUAGACCAGAUCCUGCAGAGAAGAACCCACACCAUCACCAUCCAGUCUGAGGGGAAAGGGUCCACCUUUGCCAAGGCUAGCUUUGUGGCUUCAGGAAACAGAACAGACAUUUCCUUAGAUGAUCCUAACUUUUGGCAGAAAUGGGCUAAAAUAGCUGAACUGGACACUGAAGCAAAGAAUGAAAAGGAAAGCUUAGUGAUCGACCGCCCUCGUGUGAGAAAGCAGACCAAACACUACAACUCGUUUGAGGAGGAUGAGCUCAUGGAGUUUUCAGAGUUAGACAGUGACUCGGAUGAAAGGCCCACGAGAUCCAGGCGCCUCAAUGACAAAGCCAGGCGCUACCUCCGAGCCGAGUGCUUCCGGGUAGAGAAGAACCUGCUCAUCUUUGGCUGGGGCCGUUGGAAGGACAUCCUGACUCAUGGGCGAUUCAAGUGGCAUCUGAAUGAGAAGGACAUGGAGAUGAUUUGCCGGGCCCUCCUGGUGUACUGUGUCAAGCAUUACAAAGGGGACGAGAAGAUCAAGAGUUUCAUCUGGGAGCUGAUCACACCCACCAAAGACGGACAGGCCCAGACCCUGCAGAACCACUCAGGGUUGUCUGCCCCAGUCCCUAGAGGGAGGAAGGGGAAGAAGACAAAGAACCAGCUGCUGCUUCCGGAACUGAAGAACGCAGACUGGCUGGCGACGUGCAAUCCCGAGGUGGUCCUGCAUGACGACGGCUACAAGAAACACCUCAAACAACACUGCAACAAGGUACUUUUGCGAGUCCGGAUGCUAUACUACCUGAAAGCUGAAAUACUGGGAGAAGCAGCUGAUAAAGCAUUUGAAGGAACUCCUGCCAGGGACCUGGACGUGCUUCUGCCCGACAUUGACUACGUGGAGAUCCCAGUGGACUGGUGGGAUGCUGAGGCCGAUAAGUCUCUUCUCAUUGGUGUGUUCAAGCAUGGUUAUGAGCGGUACAAUGCCAUGCGAGCAGACCCAGCACUCUGCUUUCUGGAGAAAGUUGGGAUGCCAGACGAAAAGUCCCUUUCUGCAGAACAGGGUGUCACAGAUGGCACCUCAGACAUCCCCGAAAGAGGCAACAUGGACAAAGAAGACAAUACUGAGGACAAAUUAGAUGGCCUCCAGAAACAAACGGAGAGUUCCAGUGAUGGAGGUGAUGGCAUUUUUGGUGAAAAGAAGGAUGACAGCCGGGCAGCCCAGGAUGGCUCCGACCCAGACAAAUCACCCUGGCCAGCCUCAUCAGCCCUCACGGCUCGUCUCAGACGUCUGGUCACCGUUUACCAGCGCUGUAACCGCAAGGAACUCUGCCGACCUGAGAUUAUGGGACCAGGUAACCAAGGAUACUGGGUUCAGGAAGAGAUGUUCAGGAGAAGCUCAGAAAUGGACCUCAUCAACAAGGAUGCCCAGAAGAGGUGGACAAGGAGAGAGCAGGCCGACUUUUACCGAACAGUGUCUUCCUUUGGUGUCAUUUAUGAUCAAGAAAAAAAAACCUUUGACUGGACACAGUUCCGCAUAAUUUCUCGGUUGGACAAGAAGUCGGAUGAGAGCCUGGAACACUAUUUCUACAGUUUCGUGGCCAUGUGCCGGAGUGUCUGUCGCCUGCCCGUGUGGAAAGAUGGUGGUCCCCCUGAUGCCACCAUCUACGUUGAACCCAUCACUGAGGAACGGGCUGCAAGGACUCUGUACCGCAUUGAGCUGUUACGGAAGAUCCGAGAGCAGGUGCUCAAGUGUCCUCAGCUGCACGAGCGUCUUCAACUCUGCAGGCCCAGCCUCUACCUCCCAGUCUGGUGGGAGUGUGGGAAGCACGAUCGCGACCUGCUCAUCGGCACUGCCAGACACGGGCUAAACCGCACCGACUAUUACAUCAUGAACGACCCCCAGCUGUCCUUCCUGGACGCCUAUAGAAACUAUGCCCAGCAUAAAAGAACCAACACCCAGGCACCAGGCAGUCUCUGCUGUCUUUACCAGACCAACACCAAACUGUAUGAAUCCCUUACCUAUACUCAGAGGAGCAGGACUUCAGAAUCCCUUGAAAAGGAACCUGAGAAUCUAGUGAAAAUAGAAAGCAGAGAUGACCCUCUCAGUCUGCCUGGGGGCAGCUUACCUGAUGUAACUUGUGAAAACUUUCUCUCAAAAGUUCAGGAUGUCAUGUCUAUCAGCCAUGGCGAAAGUCUGCUGCCCGAGUCCUUGGAGAACUUGAUGUACGGUAAGAAGGUGCUCUGCCGCCAGCCAGGCUCUUUUCAGGAAAGUCCAGGCACCAGUGCAGAACCGAGGAAGGAUGUUGUUGCCAUGUCAGUGGGCACAGACGGGAGCUGCCAGCCUGGCCGCCACGAGGCAGAAGUGGCUCCCAGUCCCUCUUUUAUGGGUAGCUUAGAAGCAGGAGUAGCUCAGAUGAACAUUAAAGAUGGAAAACAUCUGCUGAUGCCUGUUUCAAAGGAAGGGGAGCCGUGCUGCCAUGAAGUGAGACAGAGGCCUGAAACCAUCGGGCAGUUAGACACCAAAUGCUUACCUUCGCCGUCCUCCGAUCCAGGAAAUGAAAGUGGGCUUGUGGACAUGUGCAACCUUAGCGUCUGUGACUCCAAAGGAAACCUGUCGUCGGAUCCGCAAUUAAUUGAUGUAUUAGAAAACAAAAGUUUAGCAAGUAAAUUGAUUCUGGGUCAGAACCACAGUGAUGAGGAGGAGGAAGAGGAAGAAAAUGAGGAGGAAAGCUUGGCUGUGGUAGCAGGCAUGAGGGAAAUGCCACCGGUUUUGCAUCUCUCUGAGCCUUCUCCAAAUAUCCUAAGGGAAAAGAGCCAAGGCCUCCACGUGGAUGAAACCCAGAAAGGAAGCCUGGAGGCAGGAGGCCAGACUCCUGGACCACAGAGGGCCUUUCUCCCAGAAGCCUGUCAGUGUCACUGCAAGCACAUGGAGAGGUGGGCACGGGGCCUCGAGCAUGAGGAAUUUGAAGUAGAAAAACCCAAGACUUAUAACCCAGACCCCUACAGCAUCAACACCAGUAGUAUCUCAAUGGAAGGUGAACCCACUGCUGUUGCACCAGAGCCAUUUCAAGUGACACGUGGGCUUUUAAAAGAACCUUGGAAGGAAAGUGCAGAGGGAAAAAAAGGUUUCCCCAUGUAUGUUCCUGAAGGAAGUGACCUCAAGUCAGAAGACCUGGAUUUUGAGAAUAAAGAUGAUUUUGAUAGAGAUGGAGCCUGCCAUAGCCAAGAUUAUCCAGGGAAAUACUCUGAAGAGGAGAGCAAGAGCUCGACCUCGGGCAUUGCAGGAGAUAUGGGGGAUGACGUGCAGGAGGCUCGUGCUCCCACCAUUGCCCAGCUGCUCCAGGAGAAAACCCUCUAUUCCUUCUCAGAGUGGCCAAAGGAUCGUGUGAUAAUUAACCGGCUGGAUAAUAUCUGCCACGUGGUGUUGAAGGGGAAGUGGCCCUCCAGCCAGCAGUGCGAGCCCUCAGGCACACUGCCCACCCCCAUCUUAACCAGCAGCGUGGGUUCUCGAAGCAGCCUCUCAGAACCAGAUGCAACAGAACACAGCUUCAGCAAUGGGGCAGCACUGGCGGCCCAGAUCCAGAAGGACAGCUUCUUAGCUCCGGUCUUCGCAAAGGAUGAACACAAGCACAGACGGCCCUAUGAGUUUGAGGUGGAGAGGGAUGCCAAAGCUCGGAGCCUGGAUCAGUUCUCUGCCACCCACAGGCACCCCCCCAUUGUCCUCAAUGGCUGGCAUGGGGAGUCAGCUGUAGACCUCUCCUGCUCAUCAGAAGGGUCCCCAGGAGCCACAUCCCCCUUCCCAGUGAGUGCCAACACUCCAAAGAUCGGGGCUAUCGGUUCACUUCAAGGAGCUCUUGGCAUGGACUUGUCUGGGAUUCUGCAGGCUGGCCUGAUCCAUCCAGUGACAGGGCAGAUCAUCAAUGGAAGCCUCAGAAGAGAUGAUGCUGCCUCAAGGAGGCGAAGGGGCCGGCGGAAACACGCCGAAGCGGGCAUGGACCUCAUCUUUCUGAAGGAACAGACACUGCAGGCAGGGAUCUUGGAAGUCCAUGAAGACCCCGGGCAGGCUACCCUGAGCACCACACACCCUGAAGGGCCAGGACCUGCUGCCUCUGCCUCCGAGCCAGCUGCAGUGACCAACAGCCAGGCCGAGAAGGCCCUUCCCAGCAAGAGUCUGCUGGACUGGCUGAGGCAACAAGCGGACUGCUCCUUGGAAGUUCCUGGCUUUGGGGCAAAUUUUUCAGACAAACCAAAGCAAAGGAGGCCUCGCUGUAAAGAACCUGGAAAAUUAGACAUCAGCUCUCUGAGUGGGGAAGAGAGGGUUCCAGCUGUCCCCAAGGAGCCAGGACUGAGGGGGUUUCUCCCAGAAAGCAAGUUCAACCACACUCUGGCUGAGCCUGUUCUUCGGGAUGUGGGCCCCCGCAGGAGGGGGAGGCGGCCCCGGGGCGAACUCCUGAAGGCUCCAGCCAUCGUGGCAGACUCUGCCUCCGGAAUGGGGCCGCUGUUCAUGAAUGGGCUGAUUGCAGGGAUGGACCUGGUGGGCCUGCAGAACGUAAGAAAUGUGCCAGGCAUCCCCCUCACCGGGCUCGUGGGCUUCCCAGCCGGCUUUGCCACCAUGCCCACCGGCGAAGAAGUCAAAAGCACCCUGAGCAUGCUGCCUAUGAUGCUGCCGGGCAUGGCCGCAGUGCCCCAGAUGUUCGGGGUGGGGGGACUCCUCAAUGCACCCAUGGCGACCACCUGUGCAUCCCCUGCCCCAGCGUCUCUGUCAAGCACAACGAACAGUGGCGCGGCCACCACUGAAAAGACUGUGGAGGACAAGCCAGGCAGCCAUGACGUGAAAACAGACACCUUAGCCGAAGACAAGCCUGGUCCUAGUCCAUUUUCUGAUCAGUCUGAACCUGCAAUAACUACCAGUAGUCCCGUGGCUUUUAACCCGUUUCUCAUCCCGGGGGUCUCUCCUGGACUCAUUUACCCAUCCAUGUUCUUGUCCCCUGGCAUGGGCAUGGCUCUGCCAGCCAUGCAGCAGGCCAGACACUCGGAAAUAGGGGCUCUGGAGAGCCAGAAGCGGAAGAAGAAGAAAACCAAGGCGGACAGCGGGAACCCCAACCCAGACCCUGCUCCCGGGGCCGAGCGGGAGCCAGGCAGCCAUCAGAACUGCCCCGAAUCCAGCGCCCCGCUGCCCGCAGAGAGAGAACACGUGGCACAGGCUGGGGAGGGGACACUCAAAGACUCCAGCGACGACACCAACUAGAACUUUUUCAUUUCAGAGGUUAUUGUGACUUGUAAGUUUCUUAUCCCAUAAAGGUUUGUUAUCCCUCACUUCACCUUCAUAAGAACCUGUGUCUCCAUGAGUAAUAUUGCCUACCUGAUUUUCUGUCGGAGGGCUGUGGUAACACAUGUUGAUAGUGCAGGGUCUUGCCACUUUGUUAGAUGAGUGUCGUCUAUCUAGUCUAGGGGGCACAGAAUUCUCAUUCUGUUAUCCAGUUGUUCAUUCCAGCAGCCGUGGUUACUACAGUACUUGGUGACACGCCCUACCCCCUCCCCCUUCCAAGUUUCCUGCUCAUUUGAGGAGGAAGAUGGCGAAAGAAAGCUGUCUAGGGACUGAAGACUAGCGACAAAGAAGCUCUUUUUUCCCGUGAGCUGGGCUGAGCAAAGAGAAUGUUACUGGGAACCAAAAAGCACAGGAAAAGGACACGCUGGUGUGUACUUCUGAGUUAAAAUAUUUCCCUAUUUUAUCAUGAUUACUAAGUGAGUAGAAUAGACAGAAGUAUCUAACUAAUGGUUGAAAAUGCAUAUAUUGAUUUCCUUAAGAAACAAAAACCUUACCAGUAGUAAUAUAAAUUGCUCCUUCAUGGUUUGUCAGACACCUGCAGCAAGAAGAAAUAGCCAGUGGCUAGGCAUUAUUUUGUAUUUUGUGUGGACCCGUAUGCUCCCUCUCCCCAGUUAAAAGAGGACUCUGAAUUCGAGAAAGCCUCACACGCGUGAGUCGGAGCCGGCCAUGCAGGGGCAGGGCCCGUGGAGCCGCGGCUGCUUUGCAGGCGCACGGCUGGCACUCCGCUCUCGCCUCCUCCUGAGAGUUCUUCCAGCCUCUGAGUCGCUUCUGUGUUUAAAGAACACAAGGACCUAAUGGGCUUUUUAUUUUGUGUUUUGCUUCACCAAGAAUAAGGCUCUUUUUGGAGCCCAUGAGAAAAGAGUCACUCAACACUUCUACACUUGCGAGGUCCUUUCGUUGGAGUUAGUUGAGGCUGGCAGAAUGUGCGUGCGCCUCCUUGUACGAUACAACUGUGAAAGGUGUGUUUUCUUUUUCUUCUCGCCCAUUAUUUCUCCUCUGUUUCUAUCUUGCAUUGGACCCAAUUCCAAAUCGCCAGUUAGUCGAGGCUGUGCUGCACAUCCACAUUAUUCCCUGUCCUGCAGCUUCUCAGUGGGUGGGCAGGGGCUGGGAAGAACCUGCCCCAAGCAGUGCUUUCCUGACCUCUUUCACCGUUGCACUCAUAUUGCAUCCCUUCUGAUGGUUUCAUUCCUUCUGGAUGGUUCACACUUGGAGACUCGGAAUAAACUCGGGGGGUCAGUACUCCGGGGGCACAGGGCUGCACAGGGUGGUCAGAAACGUUGCAAGUGUUACUAGUACCAGUUUCACUUUUUGUUGUCACAAUUUACUGUGUUUUUUACUUUUUCUGUUACAGUUUUGCUAAUUUAUCAGAAGGUCCAAAAGUUUGACAUAACUAUUUCAGUUCGCAUUAUUUAUUUAUGAUGCUUUUGUCAUUGUCUUUUAUACAUUUGGGAUUAUAAAUUAUGUAAAUGUUUAAAUGAGCAUCUCGAAAGAAGUCUGUUAAAUCAUGAUAAAAAAUCAGAUGUAUUUUCAAAAAGUGGGGUCCCAUUUUUUUGAAUCCGAGAUAUAAGCCAGAAAUUCCGUAACUGAUCAUAUAAGAAGAAAGAAUCUGAUAAUUGAACAGAUCCUAUUUAAUGACAUCUUUGUAGUAUAGAUGGUCUGUAAUGCUGACGACAGAUUUCUUAGAAAUGCUGCUCUCUCUAUUUAACUAACAUUGUGUUCAGUUUUGCCUCCAGUGGAAGCAGAAAUGGUUUUUUCAGCUGUUAAAUCCUAAAAAUCAAUAUAAUUUAUUUAUGUAAAAAAAAUCACUCAAUCAAUAUAUUUUUGAACCUUUUAAGUACUAAUUUUCUUUUUAUCAAGUAGAAAAAAAAAUGUAUUUGCCCUAAAUCCUUAAAAUACAAAUGCUAUAAAAAUU